AUGUUUAAUGGCACAGUCAAAUCAGUGCAACAGCGGGCUGAUCAGAAAUACAAUAGCAGUGUAGGGACAGCAUCCACCAGCAGUGAGACAGCAUCCACCAGCAGUGAGACAGCAUCCACCAGCAGUGAGACAGCAUCCACCAGCAGUGGGACAGCAUCCACCAGCAGUGGGACAGCAUCCACCAGCAGUGGGACAGCAUCCACCAGCAGUGCAUGGACAGCAUCCACCAGCAGUGCAUGGACAGCAUCCACCAGCAGUGAGACAGCAUCCACCAGCAGUGCAUGGACAGCAUCCACCAGCAGUGGGACAGCAUCCACCAGCAGUGAGACAGCAUCCACCAACAGUGCAUGGACAGCAUCCACCAACAGUGCAUGGACAGCAUCCACCAACAGUGCAUGGACAGCAUCCACCAGCAGUGGGACAGCAUCCACCAGCAGUGGGACAGCAUCCACCAGCAGUGGGACAGCAUCCACCAGCAGUGGGACAGAAUCCACCAGCAGUGGGACAGCAUCCACCAGCAGUGAGACAGCAUCCACCAACAGUGCAUGGACAUCAUCCACCAGCAGUGAGACAGCAUCCACCAGCAGUGAGACAGCAUCCACCAGCAGUGAGACAGCAUCCACCAGCAGUGCAUGGACAGCAUCCACCAGCAGUGCAUGGACAGCAUCCACCAGCAGUGCAUGGACAGCAUCCACCAGCAGUGGGACAGCAUCCACCAGCAGUGGGACAGAAUCCACCAGCAGUGGGACAGCAUCCACCAGCAGUGGGACAGCAUCCACCAGCAGUGGGACAGCAUCCACCAGCAGUGGGACAGCAUCCACCAGCAGUGAGACAGCAUCCACCAGCAGUGAGACAGCAUCCACCAGCAGUGGGACAGCAUCCACCAGCAGUGGGACAGCAUCCACCAGCAGUGGGACAGCAUCCACCAGCAGUGGGACAGCAUCCACCAGCAGUGGGACAGCAUCCACCAGCAGUGGGACAGCAUCCACCAGUAGUGGGACAGCAUCCACCAGCAGUGCAUGGACAGCAUCCACCAGCAGUGAGACAGCAUCCACCAGCAGUGGGACAGCAUCCACCAGCAGUGGGACAGCAUCCACCAGCAGUGGGACAGCAUCCACCAGCAGUGGGACAGCAUCCACCAGCAGUGCAUGGACAGCAUCCACCAGCAGCGAGACAGCAUCCACCAGCAGUGCAGGGACAGCAUCCACCAGCAGUGGGACAGCACGCACCAGCCCCACUGGAUGGAAAGCACCAGUCCCAGUGGGACAGCAUGAAGCAGCCCCCACUGGAUGGAAUGCACUAGUCCCAGUGGGACAGCAUGCACCAGCCCCCACUGGAUGAAUGUGAUAGUUGCAGGGAAGAGGUCGAAAAAAUAUUCAGUGACAAGGGAAGGAUGGAGGAAGUAAUUUUGAGAAUAGACCCAGUACAGAUCCGAGAGCUGCACGCUCUUAUUGACAUCGCUGGAGAGCAACACUGUGAGCUACAGGAGAACAAGAGUUGUUUCCUGACAGUGGCAUGUUCCUCUCAUCGUUCCACCUUGCCGCCAUCCAUCAGGCAUCUAGGACAGAUUGCUUGCAUCUGUUUCAUUUGCUUGUUGACUAUUUGUUCUCAGUGGAAGAAUGUGUCAAUUCAGUUGCCAUUUUUCUCAAAGCUAAGUUACUUUGUUACUUAACUGCCUACAGCAAAUCAGGAAUUGAUUCUUGAUGAAAAGGAUUUACGUAUGUUAUUUGCUAAUGCAUCACUUCAAUCAAGUCUAAUCAAGUUUCUGAAAACUGUAUCUUAAAUACCUUUAAAACAAACCAAAUUCCCCAAUGUCCUUAUAAGACGUUUGUGUUUUACGAUGUUUGAGUUUUGCUUACUGUGAGUCCUUGAGUAGAAUAGUCAUGUGUUAUUUAUGUGUUAUUUGUCAAAAUAUUAAUCAAUUGUUUUAUAUACUAUUCCAGCUUAUGUCUUGCGAUGUGCUACCUUGGAUGAUUGGACCAGAAUCGAUGAAGCCAAACUGAAGAAGGAAGAUGUGUAGGACCAGAGCAGGACAGAGUAGUGACUAAAAUAUUGUUGUUUGUGUAAGAUGGGCAAUGUUUAUAUUUGCAAUAAGGUUCAUUUAAGAACAUACUUGUG